UUCUUCGCUGUUUGUGUGAAAAUCCGUAAAAAUAGUUUUUGUUGUUCGUAGAUUUAUUAAAUUAAUCAAAUAUUUCUUAAUAAAAUAUUGGAAGAACAAUUCUGGUUUAGAAUUACAAAAUAAAUUCCUACGUGUACUAAUUGAUAAUUUAAAGAUUUUUAAUAAUAACUAUAAACUAUUUUGUAUAUGUAUGUAGUGGAUAGUGAGUAAAAAACAUUGUAAUGAAAAAGUGGAUAUUGUGGAAAUAUUUGUUAAAGUAGCCUCUGCAUACAUAUACAUUACUGGACAAAUAAAUGUGCAUAAAAUUAAAUUUACUGAUUAGCAGAGUCUCAAUAGGGUAAACGCCCCAAAAAACAUGAAUGGUGAUUUGAUGCAGCAAUUGUAAAUUUAUUAAAAAUGAAAGUCAAGUUCUUACUAAAUAAAGUCAAUUAUAAUUUUUGAUUGGAUAUCAUCAACAUUUUCAAACGAGUUCUGACACUGAAGAUAAAUAACGAAAUAUUUCAAAAUGACUGUCGAUUUUAACGAUUAUUUUUGGGGGGAGAAAAACAAUGGCUUUGAUGUUUUAUAUCACAAUAUGAAAUUUGGUUUACAAGCCAGCAAAGAACUUUCGGAAUUUUUUCGAGAGAAAUCGAGCAUUGAGGAGCAAAAUUCGAAAUUAAUGUCAAAACUGGCUCACAAAGCCAGCACUGGAACAUUAAAUAGCACAUUCUCUCCAGUAUGGACUAUUCUAAGGAAUUCGGCCGAAAAAUUGUCGACUCUACACAUGCAAAUGGUGCAAAAACUUACAGAAUUGGUUAAGGAUGUAACAAAAUACACGGAUGAAUUGCAUAAAAAGCACAAGACUGUCAAAGAAGAUGAGGCACAAACGUUGGAGUGUGUGAAAGCGGUACAAACAUCUACAGCGGAUGUUCAAAAAGCGCGUGAUAUGUAUAGCAGUAAAGCACAAGAAUUAGAAAAACUUCGAAAAGACAAUUCAUCCCAAAAAGAUAUAGAUAAAUUGGAAACGAAAUUGCGCAAACUGCAAGACGACUAUAAAGUAUUAUUGGAUAAACACAACCCUAUUAAGAACGAAUUUGAACGUCGUAUGACACAGACAUGCAAGCGUUUUCAAGAAAUUGAGGAAAUGCAUUUGCGUCAAAUGAAAGAAUUUCUUUCUACGUAUUUGGAAUUGUUGCAAAAUAACCAUGACAUGGUUGGACAGGUACAUUCCGAUUUUAAGCGACAAUUUUUAGACAUGACUGUUGACAAAUUGCUGGAACAAUUUGUAUUAAAUAAGUAUACAGGCUUGGAGAAACCAGAAAUGCCAGAACUUGAAUUCAUUCCAUUAUCUAUAAAUCAACAAAUAUCAGCAACUUCAAAUAUUCGAUUGAAUCAACCUUCAGUUGCUUCAAAUUCAAAUUCUGCCACUAGUAUCAAUCGUGGUGGGAACGUUUCGAUGGAUUUACGCGGCACCGAAGCUGUAUCAGUUGGUAGUGUUGCAAGUGGCAGUGGUAGUAUUAUAAAUGCUGACGAUUCUGCUUUGGAUGUUAAUAGCACAAAAACUACCACAUCACGGCCCACAUCGCCUGAAAUAACAGCUAUACCAAAUGCAACAGCAACCACCAGCACCGUCAAAAGUAAUUUCCGCAGUUGGUUCUCGUCAAAUAAUCCCAGCAAACAACCGUUACAACAACAAAAUACCGGAAUAUCUACAUCUGCCACUAGCGGUAGUGGAAAUUUCGGUAUGGAUAGUAAUUGUAUCACAAGUUCACUAUCAGUCAAUAUAAAUGCUACAAAUAACACUACUAGUACCACCACCACCUCUGGCACAACUACCACAACCAUCAACAAAAAUUCCCUUAACUCUGAGCUUCAAUCACUACAGGAUAACAACCAAGCACUGAACUCACAAAUAGACCGUGAUAUUUUAACAACAAACCUUAGAGACACCAUUACGGCCACAUCACCAAAUAUAUCAGCUCCCGUGUUAAGCACUAAAAAGUUCUCAGAUCGUUCAGGAACUUCUACUACUACAAAUCAUCAUCAACUUUUCUCACCACAAAAUACAACAAACAACAAUUCUUAUUCAUCAACACCUGCCACGACAUUGGGAACAAGUCAGAGACGCACUACAUCCCUAUUAAAUAUUUUCUCUUCAAAUUCUCAGGUGUCGGGCAUAUUGAGAAGUCGGCGUGACAAAACGAAAACUAAGAAAUCAAAGAAAAAGAAAGAUGGUGAAAUGGCGGAUAAUAUUAAGGAAGAACGCACUCAAAGUGUCGACAGAGGAGGUAAUAGCUCUAUGGAAUUAGAUGAUCAAGGCAAAAUAAAACAACAAAAUUCGAGUACAACCAAUUCUGGAUUAUUAGCCAUAACUUCAAAACUGGUAGGAACUGGAGCGGAUGCAGGUGGCGCCUCUUCUUCCGGGGUGUCAAUACCUGAUGCGUCUGCGACAUCAGGCUUAGUUGAUAGUAAUACCAGUGGAACCGGUGACUCAAAUCAUACGAAUAAAAACAGUAACGCAACCUCAACAGCUGGACAACAGUUUAGUACUAAUGAAGUUGACGAAGAUGGCUAUAGUCUCCAGCCACCCAAAGAGGUUGCUUGGGAUGAGAGCAAAGAAAAUGCUGGUAGUUUCUAUUCUGAUUCUGACUCGGAUUCAGAUAAUGAUAGACCUGAGAAACGAAUACAUGUUAAAAUAAAACCAUUGAAUAAUGGCCAGGCGCCCAUGUCAGCUAGUGUGGAUGAAUUAAGGGCCACUGUUGAAAACAUUUCAUUAUCACCAACAGGAGUAUUUUCGCAGCACAGUCAGCAGUUGCAACAACAGUCCAGGCUAACAUCACGUCAACAAUCACCGGAAAUUUCAAAUGCUUCCACGCCAACGGCAGCAGUGCAUCCAUAUGCACCUUUACAAAGUCCCACAUUGUCUAUGACGAAUAAUUCAAGAUAUGCUGAUCUAGGUGAUAUAUUUUCUGAAUUGGGCGACGUUAGCUCAUCAGCUCCUGCCUCAGCCAAUCUUACAAAGAGUCAAGGCCGACAAAUACCAACACCAACAUCGGGAACAGGUAGUAGUAUUGCCAUACCAAGACCGCCUUCAAGGCGAUCCGAAAUGUUGGCUGGUGCUAGAGGUCGUAUAAGUCCGGCACCGAUUAAUACUAUUAAUCGAGCCGAUAGUAUAGGAUCAUUGGAAUUCCGAACAGCUAUCGGUGGUAUUAGCUCUUCUAGAGGGCCUUCUCCCUUAACCAUUGGAAUCUCCGACACCAUACCGCUGGCGGUAGCAUUUCAUGAAAUUAUUCAUGCUUAUUUCAGAGGCAGCGAUGAAUCGCGUUGUCAAGUAAAAAUAUCUGGAGAUAUGAUGUUAUCAUUCCCUGCCGGGAUUGCUGGUCUACUGGCCAAUAAUCCAAAUCCAGCUAAAUUGGGCUUUCGCAUUAAAAAUGUACAAAAUUUAGAACAUUUUAUACCAAAUAGUAAAUUAGUGCAAACGGAUAAAAAUCAAUCCAGUUCAUUUAGUACUAUGCUAGAAUUUAAUAUGCCAGCGUUAACUGCAUUGUUAAGACGUCAGGCGGAGCAGAAUCCCACAGCAUCAUAUUUCAACGUAGAUAUUCUAAAAUAUCAAGUACGCACCAAACCCGGGGCUAGUUCGUGUCCGUUUCAACUGGUUAGUUAUUGGAAAUGUGAACCCACCUUUACAGCUCUCAAGGUUGAUUACAAAUAUAACAAUCAUGCUAUGAGUGCGGCAUGUCCACUUUUGAACGUAACACUGCUCGUGCCAGUAAAUGGUUCAGUUCGAAAUGUACAAUCUAAACCUCACUCGGCGUGGUUGGGUGAAUCGAACCGCUUGGUGUGGAACUUUACCGAUAUAUCCCAAAAUUCACAAGACGGCGGAGUAGGUACGCUGAGAGCUCGUUUGGAGUUAAGUGAUGGACCUUCAACGCCAGCUUUAUUAACGACACAAUUCAAUUGUGAAGGUACCACAUUGUCUGGCAUAGAAUUUGAAUUGCAUGGUCAUGGCUAUCGAGUGUCAUUGGUAAAGAAGAGAUUUGUAUCAGGUAAAUACGUCUGUGAAGGAGAUGGGGUACGUAGUGCUGCCACACCAACACCACCCUCUGUCGGUUCAUCUAGUCCAUUUUCGGGAAAAUCAAACUGAAAUAAUUUUUUAAAAAAAUAUUAACUAGAAACGGAUGCCUCAAUUAAUUGUUUGUUACUAAAUAUAAUAAUAAAAAAGAACAAAACCUUUUUUAUAUAUAUAAAAAAACCAACAUACAAAUCAUACAAAUUCGAAUUACUCCAAGGUUUUUCUACAAUUUUUACUGACUUGUGAAUUAUGCAUAUAAAAAUGUAAUUCACACAACAAUAACAAGAUCGACCAUAUUUCUUUUUUCUUAUUACUAUUAUAUUUUUAUUUAAUGCUGUUUCAUGUUAUUAUUAAAGAUAUUAUUAAUCUAUAUACUUAUAUACAUAUUUAUAUACAUACAUAUAUAUUAUUGUUACACACAUUCAUACAUACAUAUAUUAGUUUUUCUUUAUUUGCAAAUAACACAAUCGAAAAUGUGUAAAUUAUAAUUUUUUUUUUUAAAUAUACAUACAAUAUACACAGUUCAAAAGAAAAAUAAAAAAAUAUCAAUAUUCAAAAA